UAAAAUCGUGUCGCUUCACGUUCAUCGAAAAUCAUCGCGCCAAUUUUGUAUCGGUAUUUUUAAGCGUGGAAUCAAUUUUGUUUUGCGCUGUUCAAGGACAUACUUGAAGAGAGGAGAGGAGAAAAGAAGAGAACUGGGUGGUACUUAAAAGUUGUGGUCUGUUUGAUUCACUUUUACAGAUCACGAUGUUUAAGGCAACGAAACGUAAUAAGUACAUCAUUUACGACGAGCUGCGUGUACCGACGGAUUCUCAAUGUAUCGUACAAAUCAUCAAACCACGCGGCAGUCAACUCUACGAAGUCAUCAAUCCCGCUGGCGAACAGUACCUUGUCUCGAUGCCUAACAGAUAUCGGAAAAUGAUUUGGGUGAAGAGGGGUGACUACGUUCUAACCGAUCCCAUCAAGGAGGGCGAUAAAGUCAAAGGCGAAAUUGUCAAGAGGCUUACGGAGCGUGAUAUAAAAAGUUAUCGUACACAAAAAUGCUGGCCGUCGGAAUUUGAUAAGGAUCCAGAAAAGAGCGAGCGUUUGACAAUGGAGAAUGAUACGAGGGAUGAUGACGACAGGGAUCUUUUCGUGAAUACGAAUAGAGGAAGGUGGCAAGAGACAGACGACAGCGAGAAUGAUUCGACUUCUAGUGACACUGAUUAA